GCACCCUGGAAUCCUCCCUGCGGUAGCUUCGCUGUCGUCUUUCCUGUCAUUGAAUUCUUUUCUACUUGGGUUUGAUUACUCGGUGGAUUGGAAAGAUGGCUUCCCUUUUGAAGAUGCUCGGUGAUUUGCCUACUCGCCUUGCAGUCUUCCUCGACCGACCCGGUUUCCCCUGGAAAAGGCUGAUACUGGGAUUUUCAUGCGGUCAAUUUGUCCUAGAAGGGUUACUUUCCUUGAGGCAGUAUAAGGUCCUGCAAAAGAAGAAGCCUCCCAAGACAUUAGAAGAUGAGAUCUCGCAAGAUGUCUUCGACCAGAGUCAAGCAUAUGGUCGAGCGAAAGCUAGAUUUGGAUUCUGGUCCGGACUCUAUUCUCAGAUACAGAACUUCCUGUUCAUUCAGUACGACAUCCUGCCGAAGCUAUGGACAAUAACAGGCUUCUGGGUUGCACGCUACCUUCCUGAACGAUUCUCCGGCGAGAUCUCGCAAUCAGUCCUGUUCUUCCUACUCUUCAGCUUUGUCUCGCAGAUCCUCGCGUUACCGCCUUCAUACUAUGGCACAUUCGUCUUGGAAGAGAAGUUUGGUUUCAACAAGCAGACACUUAAAUUGUGGAUAACCGACAUGCUAAAAGGACAGGCAUUGAUGGUCGCUGUGGGCAUCCCGCUGCUCAGUGCGUUCUUGAAGAUCAUUCAGGUGACGGGCACGAAGUUCUUCUACUACCUGUGGCUCUUCGCCAUCGUGGUCCAACUUUGUGCCAUCACGGUCUACCCAAUCUUCAUCCUGCCCCUUUUCAACAAGCUAUCACCACUGGAACCCGGUGAACUUAAGACCGGAGUCGAACAGCUAGCCUCGAAACUCAAGUUUCCUCUCAAGUCGUUAUAUGUCAUCGAUGGAAGCAAGAGAAGUGCACACAGCAAUGCAUACUUUUUCGGUUUGCCCUGGAAGAAGCAUAUUGUCAUUUAUGAUACUUUACUGGAAAAGAGUGAACCUCAGGAGGUCGUUGCCGUCCUUGGGCAUGAACUCGGACAUUGGAGCCUCGCGCACACGACAAAAUUGUUUGCAAUUGCACAGUUCCAUAUGUUCUACGUCUUUGCGCUCUUCAGCAUCUUCAUCAACAACCACUCUCUAUACUCGUCUUUCGGCUUCCACAACUCUCACCCAAUCAUUAUCGGCUUCAUUCUCUUCUCCGACGCCCUCGCACCUAUGGAUGCAGUGAUCAAACUGCUCAUGAAUAUCCUCUCCCGCAAGUUCGAGUUCGAAGCCGACGAAUUUGCGACGAACCUUGGAUACCAGAAGGAACUGGCAAGAAGCCUUAUCAAACUCCAAGUGCAGAACCUGAGUACCAUGGAUGCAGACUGGAUGUAUGCAAGUUAUCAUUACAGCCAUCCUAUUCUGGCCGAAAGACUGGCGGCGCUGGGCUGGAAAGGUUCCAAGCCAGCAGAAAAUGGCAAGGUUGUCGAGUUGAACGAGAAGGUAGCGGAUGGCAAUGUUGUCAAAGCCAAAGACCGAGAGUUGUGAAGUGGAAGAAGGUCGAAUUGUUUCUCCGCCACAAAAUUGCAACCUUCCACCGGUAUGCCGAUGUCUGCUUGGUUCUCCAUGGCCAAUGCGCCGCCUGGUGCCAAUAUCGUGGACCUGACCGGGUAACUUGCACCGACUGGUCUCUGUGACCCU